AUGUCACUACAAUUGAAACCACUCACAAUUGACUCUACAGACAAAAAUUUAGACUCUAAACAAAAGAAAUUUCAGAGUAGUAUCAGUAGGGCCUUAGAACGUUUUGAUACAGUAACGGAAUGGGCUGAUUAUAUUGCAAGCCUGGGUGGCCUUUUGAAAGCUUUACAAAGUUGGAAACCCCAGUUUCAAAAUGUCAAAUAUUAUGUUCCAACACCUUAUCAAGUUAGUAGGAGAUUAACAUCCUCUUUAUCUCCAAACUUACCAGCAGGGGUACACCAGAAGACUCUAGAGGUUUAUACAUAUAUUUUUGAAAAUAUAGGUAUUGAUAUGUUGGCCACGGAAUCAAACAUUUGGAUUCCUGGUAUUUUACCAUUAAUGUCCUUUGCAUCUAUGUCUGUCAAAUCAUACCUGAUCGAUCUCUAUGACACAUAUCUAGUACAAUUACCUGCGCCAACCCUGAGAAUGCUUGCAAAACCAUUAAUUGCGUCAUUACUUCCAGGUAUCGACGAUGAAAGUAGCGAAUUUUUACCACUUACUCUUAAAUUGAUAGAAACAUUAAAAGAAAACAUGGCAGAUGAUUCAUUAUUUUGGCAAACAUGUUUUCUAGUUAUUACCACCAAUAGAGAUCGUAGAUUAGGAGGUUUAGUUUGGCUGAUGAAAAAAUUUCCAUCUGUAAAUGCAGUUCCACACUUGAUUAAAAACAAGAAGAAUGAAGAAGAUAGUCCUUCUCAUAACGGCAGUGGAAACACAAGCAUAGAUAGAGCAAUAGAAAAGAAAAAACUAAAAGAACAAAUUCUACAAACAUUAUUACCGGCUGCAAAGGACUUAGUAACCCCAGAGCCUGGACUUCUGAUUCGUUGCUUUUACCGUUGUUUGGAUUACGAUAACGAUAUUUUAAUUAAAAGAAAUAUUCUAGAUCUUUUAUUACAAAGAAUGCAUUUGAAUUCUCCAGUUCUAACUGAUCUAAUAUCUAAUGAGGACAGGAAACUUUUAAUAUUUAAAUGUUGUACCACAACCCUAAACAAAGAUAUGUCAUUGAAUAGAAGAAUAUGGAACUGGCUAUUGGGUUCUACGUCCACAUCCCCAGGUAAUGAUUCUUCCAGCUCCAUGGAUGGAGAGUUACAAUCAACUCAAAAAACAAAUACUAACGAAUAUUUCAUAAAGUAUGGUUUAGAACCAUUAUUAGCCAGCCUGAAAGAUCACAUAGAUACUAAAGAAGACUUAAUUAUUUCAUUUAGGAUAUGUAUAACGUUUCUGGAUAAAUGGGAAAUUGGAUCUUUAAUUGUCCCAGAAAUGUUUAUCCUUUUAUUAUUGGCAGCACAGAAGUUUGCCGAUGACGAAAAUGUUAUUAGAACAGCUGCUUCAUUUUUCGAUGCUGUCGAAACCAACAUUAUUUGGGGUAAAAUAUUUCAGUUCACCAAAGAAGAAAAAAAUUUCGAAUUUUUAAAAUUUGUCCUCUCGAACUUCAAUAUAGCAAAUGAUGAGGAAAUUAUCAUUCGCCAUUUACCGCUGAUGAUGCUGUCAUUAUUAUCAUUUGUCAAUGUGAAGACAAUUCUAUCUGAUCUCCAAAUAAAACAGGUGUUCGAAAUUUUAAACCAAUUAUUGGAAUUCACUCCAGAAAGAGCGUUCCUUCCUGUAACUCAUUCAUCUAUUGAAUUUAGUGAAUCUUCGACAUCCAAAGAAACAAUAAGCAAAAUUGAACAAUUUUACGGAGAUGUUUUGAAACCAGAUCAAUCCGAUUCGGAUGGAUCAGUAACUGAUCUGGAUUUACCGUUCUCUGCCGAAGAUAUAACGUACUUAUGCGUACGUAACUUAUACUCUAUUUUACUAAACAGCUUGAAAACAAAUGAGCACAUUAACGAGAUUGCUGAGUUUUUUGUUAAGCUAUUCGAAGUUAUACCAGAACAAACAGAAGAAUCAGAUAACAACAAACUCCAAACGCAAAACGAAGAACUAACAAGAACUCUACCCGAAGUUAUAAUGUCGAUAUCGCCUAAUGAUGAUACAAACCAAAUUUUGGGAAUCGUCAGCUUAUAUAGCAAAUACCUUGGAAACAGAAUAAAUACCUUGGAGUCAAUAAAACUUUUGAACCAAAUUAUUCACUCGCUUUGGGGCUAUAUGAUCAUUUCUUUCAAGCAACAGAUUGCAAUCAAAUGUUUGAAGUCAUUUGAAAGAACCAUACCUAGGAAAUAUGUUGCUAGCGCACUAGCUUCUGCGUUUGUGCAGGAGACUGAUUUCACCAAGAAAUUGAAUGUCGUAGACUUACUUUGGGAUCAAUUAGAUGCUCAUAAUGAAUUAUUAGACAAACCAUUAGAAUUGAUACUAGAUGAACUGUUCGAUAGACAAAAUCCAAAUUACUUAUCUGUCUCUAAAUGGGUAGUCUCUCUCUUGAAUACCGGAUCGAGUAAUCAAUUGUACCAAAUGUUGACCAGUGAAAUAUUGAAAUUCAAUUUUAUCAAUAAGGAGUCACUAGAUGAAUUUGACGAUUUAGAGAUGUUUACCUAUAGAAUAAGAAUUUUAACAGCAGUAUUGAAUAUUCGUGAUUGUUCUAUCGUUGAGAAUUUUGGUACUGAGAUGACCUCGAUAAGCUCAAUAGAGGCUUGGAAGAAUGAUGACAUUUCUACAUAUAAAAAUUUGAUGGUAGUAAUAUCACUAAGAUUUUUAAAGCUACAGAAUAAUACUGAUACAAAAAGUAUUAGAAGUAUUUUAAUAUUAUUAGAUUUACUUCUGGACGGUACCGAGUCUAAUUUUAAAGAAAUUGUCGUGCUAUCAUUGCAAAUGUCAUCAAUAUACAUAUCAGUUGGAGGCACCGAUUCUGAAUUAAUCGCUGUGUCGUUACUAGAUAUUGUAUCGAAAGUCCUACAAUUAUCCCACGAUAAUGGGAUAAAAUUAGAUAUAUUUGAUGAUAACUCUACGCACUUGAAAUACAUUGAUUUCUUAGUUACUAGUUUAUCCUCAAUGAAUACUCCAUUAAUCAUCUCCUCCUAUGUGAAAAUUUUAACUGAAAGUAUGGUUUAUUUUGGAGAAUCAAUUUUCCAUGUUCUGCUUCCUCUAACAGCUUCCAUUAUACAGUGCUUGGCUAGAUUAUUUACAGUAGAAAAAGAGAAAGGUGGCUAUUAUAAACCAAUCGCUCUUUUAUUCGAAGGUCUAGAAAAUUUAUUGGGUAUUGCACAUGGAUAUUUAUAUUCAGAAGAUAAAAAUGGGUUGUCUUCUGGAGGUGCUAACCAAAAAAGUGAUUUUUUGCAAUCUGUUGUUUCUAACGUCUUUUAUACAGAAAACGCUGAAGAUACUGUCAAAAGUCAAGGUGAACGUAAUGUUGUGUUACAAUCGUUCAAGCAAAUUACAGUAUGUUGCACUGAAGUAUGGUUCUGGGCUCAUGAUCUAUCUAUUGAUAAAGAAUUGUCGAAAAAGUAUCAUAGUUCUUAUAAAUUCAAGUUUAAGACGAAAAAACUACUUGAAAAAAUGUUCUUUUUAGAACCAUUGGAAACACUAGAAAAUUUAAUAGCGCUUAAAGAAAAAGAUGUAAUAACUUUAAUUCACGUUCUUGACGGCAAUAAACCUUCUUUAACUAUCCCUUAUCUGUUGUACAGUGUGAUAUUAAGAUACGAUAUCCAUACGACUAUCAAAUUUUCCUUCAAUGCCGGCAAAUAUAGCACCUUUAGAGUUACGAAAACCGAACCGACGUUACUUAAUAAAUUAGACAGUGAUACUAUUAUGGAUUUUAUAAUAAGAUACACCAUUUCCUUAGAAAACUCAGCCAUUGAAGAAUUUUAUGACGACUUUAUUAUAUUUUUUAAAGAGGUUUCAACUAAUUACACCUUAUUUAAGAAGAUAUAUCUGGAAAUAAUUAGUUUUGUUGGUACUGUUGCAACAAAAUUAUCCUUGUCUCAAGUUUCUGAUCAAAAGAGAUACCGUAAGGAACUUUCAGAUUUAUUCAUGAGAUACAUUCCGAAUGUUUUAGUUGAUACAACACCAAGUGACAAAGAAUUAGAGAAAAGAAUAUUCACAGCCAUGUCAUCGUUGGUAACUAAUACUGAAAGUGUGGUGAACGAUUCAAUCGGAGGAGAUAAAUUUAAUACAGUCAUUUCAACAAUUGUUUCGCAAUAUCUAUCACCUAAAUUCAAAUCAAAGGAUACUUUGGCGGAUGAAAAUGUUUUAUCAUUAGCUCUUAAAGUCACUGAAGUGGGUUCGAAAGUAAAGAACUGGAAACUUUUGAUGGGAGAAACCUUUGUGGAUGAUAAGAAGUUUCUUUCUUUCGGAGAGAGUAACACAUGGAGGGAUAUUAUUUAUCAGUGGUCAAUGUAUCCAGAAAAUAAAACAAAAUUACUAAGUGAGUUGUUACUUGUCACAGGAAGUAAAAAGACUGGAAUGACUCCAUCCUUGAUCCCUUUCAAUUCUUGGUCAAAUUCUGAAACAAAUACCAGAAAUCAAAAUUUAAAAAGAAUCUCAUACCUAUUGUUAAUAUCACCUAAGGACACAUAUUUAGUAGAUUUCCAAUCAUUAUUUUCUUGUGUUUAUCAAUAUCUGGUAUCAGAUGAAAAUCAAUUAAAAAGCAGUAGUUGGGUAUUAUUAAGAUCUUUGUUUUUGACCUUCAAUACCCCUCAUUUCAAUGAGUAUUGGUCUAAGAUAGCGUAUUGUUUACAAGUUAACCUUCAAAGAUUCUAUGAAUGUUUACAAAUUCAAAAGGACAUAGAUCCUAAUGAAAUUCUACAGAUUUGCAAGACACUAGAUUUAUUGUUAUUGUUGGGCUUCGAAGGCUUCAGUGCUACUAAUGAAUGGAUAUUUAUAAUUGACACCAUCAACUGUAUCCAUAGGAGUGCUCCAUUUGUUGCACUUGUUGAUGAAAUUGCUGAAUUCAAAGAUUUCGAAAAUUCUAGAACCGAGGAUUUAGAACUCUCUACAUCUGGUCCAUUGAGAAUUCCGCUAUUGAUGAAAAUUCACAAAAUACAUCAUUAUACCCAGUUGAGAAACUUUUUCCAUCAAUUAAGUUAUGAACAUUAUGAAAAUAUUUACGCUAUGAAGGACAUUAAUGUUGAAUCUUGUAAGGAAGAUAUCUUUUGUGACAUUUUCGACUGA